AUGCCACUGCCUGUCCCAUGGAGCCUCCUGGCGCUGGCCGCUCUGUGCUGCCUGGUGCCCCGGGCCCAGGCCGAAGGCAGCCUGCAGCAGGAUAGUGCUGAGUCCGACGCAGACCACCAGGCCCACCUCACCUGCCACAGCCUGGCCAACGUCAUUACUGACCUUGCCUUCGCCAUGUACACAGAGCCCUCCUAUUGGUCAAACACCAGCAACAUCUUAUUCUCCCCGCUGAGCAUCACAGCCGCCCUAGCCAUGCUCUCCCUGGGCGCCUGGGGUGACACUCGCAGCCUGAUCCAGGAGACCCUGAAGUUCUACCCCAAGGAGACCCCUGAGGCUCUGAUCCACGGGUGCUUCCAGCAGAUGAUCCACAGGAUCCUGCAGACGGGCCACAAGACCCAGCUGCUCACCGGGAGCAGCCUGUUCAUGGACAAGGGUCUGAAGCCAGUGGCUACGUUUCUAGAAGGGAUCAAGUACUGGUACCACUCCAAAGUCACGACUGUUAACUUCCAGGACACCAAAGCGGCCAGGAAACACAUCAACAACUACGUAGAGAAAGAAACAAAGAGAAAAAUACUGGACGUGGUUCAGGGUUUGGAUAACGCCACGAGGCUCGUCCUGGUGAAUUACAUAUUCUUUCACGGGAAAUGGAUCGACGAAGUGCAGGCGAUGCACCCCGUGCAGGAGAACUUCCAUGUGCAAAAGAACCGAGCCAUCCUGGUGCCCAUGGUGAACCACCUGGGCACAUUUUACCUGCACCGAGAUGAAUCCCUGUCCAGCUGGGUGCUGGUGCUGCAUGGGGUAGGAGGGGAUACCGCCUUCUUCUUCCUGCCUGACCCCAAGAAGAUGGGACAGCUGGAGAGGAGACUGACUCGCCAGCACUUUGAAGAGAUCCUGAGACACACGGGAACGAGGUCUGCCAGCGUGUUCCUCCCCAGAUUCUCCAUCUCUGGGACCCACGAUCUGAAACCCAUCCUGAGCAAACUGGGCAUCACCCAGGUCUUCAGCGACAAGGCUGACUUCUCUCGGAUCACAAGGGCACCUGUGAAGCUCUCCAAGGCCGUGCACAAGGCGGUGCUAAUCAUGAAUGAGGGAUUCACUAAAGUCCGAAAAGCCAAUGCCGGGAGCAACAAGGCCAACAACCUCACUGUCAAGUUCAACAGGCCCUUCCUAUUCAUCCUCAAGGACAAUAAUAUGCACUUUCCCCUCUUCGUGGGAAAAGUGGUGAAUCCCACUGCACACUAA